AUGUUGCAUGAAUUAUUACUUGCACUGUACGGUAUAUCUGGUGGCAUCUUCAUUGAAUCUACAGAGAAAGGUGGUGAUAAUGAUGACACAGAAUUGGAUAGACAUUUAAUACCUCUGGUGAAUGAUAAUCUUCUCCUUCCUGAAAGUGAACUUAGUCUACAAAGAGAACUAUUAAAACUAGGCUCAUGUUAUAAUUAUUUAAUCAAGUUUAUUGAAAAAUUUUCAGAGCCUAAUUAUGGCUUGUAUUUAUCAGCUUUCGCCUUUGGAAUUGAUGAUUCACUUAAAGAAUACCGAGCAGAUUUAUGUACACUGGAGACUGAACUAUCGACAGAUAAAUCUAUGGGUGUUUCACACUUAUCUUGUCGCCUACAUGCUUACAAGAUUUUGCUGCCUGUACUUGUAAAAGUCACAAAAAAAGUUGAAAGUGUUGUUAUUAAUCCUGAAAUGAUGAAGCAUACUAGCUCAUCAAGUUGUCGACUUCUAGAUGUUAUAUUAUCUGCAACACCUCCUGGUCUUCCUGGUCCACGAUAUGUUAUGCGUAAGGUGGUAUCGCGUGUUAUGCAAGUAUUCUGUCGACAACUGUCUUCAUGGCUUAUCUACGGUGUUCUUUAUGAUCCUUAUUCAGAGUUUUUCAUCAAAAAACUUGAGUCUAAUCAUAUUUCAGAUGAGAAGAAGAAACAACAACCAUUGUUUGUGAUAGACAGUCACUGCAUUCCUUCAUUUUUGCCUACAUCAUUUGCUCAAAGAGUAUUUGAAACUGGUCAGGCUGUUUACUCGGCUAGUCUUAAUCCUUCAGAGGCGUCAUUUAUCUUGGAGUUGGAAAAAGUGUAUAUUCCACGGUUUACAGAAAUAUCAACCUGUUUAGGUGAAGAUGUCAACGGGAUCCAGUCAACUGAAAGCAGUUUGAGUAACUUGAUAAAUGUCAAUGAAAUUGACAGUCUUGUAUGUGAUAUCAAAAGUGUUGUUUUACAUCAUGUCUGGUGUAGUGUAAUACAACAGCAUAAAUUUAUUGAUUAUCUUCGGCUGUUUAAAGAUGUCCUACUUUUAGGACGUGGUGAACUGUUUCUUGCAUUUCUUGAUCAGCUGAAUUUUAAGAGUAAUAGUUUUAACAGCAAUAAUAAUAAUAAUAGUAGCUGUAGCAGUAGUCCACGAAGCUCAAUCCAUUGGGGAGAGUUUGGAGACAAUUUGCUAGAUCAGACACCGCCAACAAAUGAAAAUGAAGUUGAAGCUCUUGAAUAUGAUAUUACUCAGGCGUUUCUUGCAGCAGCAGCACGUUGUCUAGGCUUAGACGAUGAAGAAUUAGACGAUCAAUUUAGGCUAUUUCAUUUUCUCUUCUCUAUUCGUCGAACACAAUUAAAACUACAGCAGUAUUGGGCUGAUCAAAUUCUUCUAUGGCGUCGUGCUAGAUCUUCAGCGUAUUAUAAGACGAAGAAGGGGCCAGGCAGGAAUGCUGAUGAUGAUAAUAAUAUAACAAUGUCAAAUAGUAAUUUUGUUCAUUUACAAUUGAGAAUAGGUCGGCGUUUAUUAGUUCGUAAUCAUAUGGCAUUUAUUAUUGAAAAUUUACUAUACUACUUACAAGUUGAUGUUAUUGAAUCACAAUUCUCACAUUUACUAUAUCGUUGUCAAACCGACCAAGAUAUCCAAUUGAUUCAAAUCGCUCAUGAGGCGUAUUUAGCCAGUCUACAAGCACAAGCAUUAUUAUUCAUGCCAAAUGUAAAACAAUGUAUAUUCAAUUUACUCAGCAUUUGCCGUCAGUUUGUUCAUAUAUCAAGUCAAAUCGCCUAUGACAGCAGCAGCGACACUGGCGGUGUUUCUCUUGAGAAUAUCCAGUUGUCUAACAAAGAAGAGCAUAUCAUCAGUGCAUUUUAUAAUCAAUCGAAAUUGUUAUAUGAGUUAAUUAGUAUGUCGUGUUCAACCGGUGCUAAAAGCAGCGUUAGCAUAAAUUCUGCUUAUACUCAUCGUUUCUCUCGUGGAAAUAAUAAUAAUAGUAAUAAUAAUAGUAAUAAUAAUCCUGUUCUGAAUUCAGGAACAGCAGAUUUAAAUCAAUUGUUAUUACGCUUAGAUUUUAAUAAUUAUUAUAGUAAUUUACCUGAGGAUUUAAUAUGA